UUUAUUACAGUAGCGUUUACAUUACCACUCAUGUAGUUUUAAUUCUCAAAAUUUGUAAAAUUAUUUUAACCUACAAUAAACAGCAGCAAAGGACUCAAAAAUAUUUAACCUAAAUCACGUAUAAUAUUCUAUUUUACAACCGUGUAUGUGUUACCUGUUGGAUCGUAUCCAAACCGUAAGAUAUACGAAGGAUAUUCGAACGGACAACCCCAAACCCACAAGUUGUAGACAAACGACGGAAAGGAUACAGAAAAAUGUAUAGUCGACAAAAUCAAGGCGAAGCAAGACUAGAAUCUUUACUGGAUGAUUUGCAAUCAACUCUACCUCGUAACAAAAACAAUGGAAUCGUUGGCAAUACAUCUUCGACGGGCUACAAAGAAGUGUCAAAGAGCACGUCUAGAACUGUAGGCAAUGGUCGUACAGAAACUGACAAGGAAUAUGAAAUCCAAUAUCUAAAUCCUUCCAAUAAAUGCACAGUGCUCAACGAACGGCUUCCAGACCUCCAAUCAGUAGAUUUACUGAGGCAGGCUAACGCGGCCGGAGGGAAGAACGCUGGUUACGAAACGGUGUCGUCGUACGAAUAUAAAAAAUCUACAGAGACUAAAGGUUCAAUGCCCAAACACGAAAUAAACGGUGGUAUAAACUUGAAGCACAACAUAUCUGAGUUGGACUCUUUGCUAGACGAUUUAAAUCAUUCACAGAGAACGGGAUUUUCAAACAAAGGCGUGCCCAGACAUGAAAUUUCGACCAAUGAGUCGACCAUCGAACCUUUGAUGAGCAGUACGCCCUACAAACAGUACAGUAGUAAACACGAAGAGCACAGGUACGGCAGUGUGAACAAGGUUCCGGUCACCAACGAAGUUAUUUCUACCUACGAGAGUUCAACAUCUAACGGCCAACCAUUAGGUAUAGACAUUACCGAUGCUCCUCGAAGUUACUCUCAAUUGCUGCAGAAUCAGGGACCGGGUACAUACCAAACUUCCAUGUACGCCAAAGAGACAACAAAAAAGGUCAUCCCCGGCACCACGACGUAUUCCACAUAUCAACCGUACAAUCCACCAACUAUUGAACCGGCCCAGUCUAAGGUGUACAAUUACUCGGAAGAGUACCGUUCUGAGAGCCAAAACCGCUCGUUCAGGGAUGUCCCACGAUCUCCCGGUACGCAAAGAGCGGGCUCUCCACGUUCGCCAUCGCCUCACCGUUCCCCAUCACCGGUGACUUUUGCCCAGCCCCCCGAGCCCAAAAGCUAUUCCAGUGUAAACAAAUACACUUCCAAGACCGUGUCACCGAUUCCUGUGCAAAAGUUUAGCCCAUCCGAUCCGAGCAGGACCAACGAAGAGGUCACUUGGGUCGCUCAUGCCACGCCCCCUGUAACCCGUCGUUUCCCCGUGAGUGUGGAUAACACAAUUAAUACGCCGCCAGCCGGUCAGCAGACUGUUUAUUCAUACAAGUAUUCUAGCGAGACCAGACAGAACACUAAGUACGGUACGCCCAACGGAUACACGGCUCCUGUUCACCAAGAACAAUUACCGUUGAGACAGUCGCCGUUCCCCAGGGAGGAGAUAGACUCCCCUCCGGAACAGCAGAAGCCUCCUAGGAAAUUGGACGACCUAAUGGCAUCGUUUGGAGACAAAAGUGAUUACUAUCGUAGCGAGCGAGAGUACCAAUCUAAUCAAACAAAGUCCAGGGAUAAUGACCGAGGUAGGACCACUGAAUACACCGUUCCGAUAAAUAGGUCGGAACCCGACGCUGCUCCCAAAGCUCCAGAGUUAAAAGAAGUCAAGGAAACCGAAGUCACUUCAUCGGUGGCAGGACCUGCUGUUUAUUACCCACCAGGAUCGACGACAUUUGUAAAGAAGGAAGAACAAAUGCAACAGGGACAAUUGGGUCGUGCGCAGAUGAAGGCCAAAGGCAAAGGGAUGUAUAAAUAUAAAAGUAAAAGUAAAGGCAAGGAAAAACACAGCUCUGGAGCUACUAUGGUUCCAUGUUGCUUACCUAUGUGCUGUGCUAUGCCGUGUGUUAUUAUGUAAACAAAUGACACUGUAAUAUAACUGUUAAUUUUAUUGCCAUACAAAUUAACAAGAAGGGAGGAUUUUAAUGUUUCGCAUUAAUUUUUGAUAGGCUAUUGUAUAAAAUAUAAAAGAAACGUUUUCUUUUUUAAUAUCAAAAUCCCACUUUUUAUUUUCAAAAAGUUUUAAAGUGAAUAUAUAAAACUAAGUAAUAAUAAUUAAUUAAAAACAAAAAAAAGUAUACUUUAAAUUAUUAAAAAUAUUGUUUAUACUAACCCUGUUAUUAUUUGUUAUUGUGUAAUUUUUAAUAUAUUUUCAUUUUUAAAAAAAAUUAGAAUUACCUAUUAUUGACUAGAUAUUCCUACUAUAGCUACACACAAAUAUUAUAACAACUAAAUAUAAAAUCAAAUCAUUAUUAUUAAAAAGGUAUGAUAAUAAUGUAAAUUAAGUUUGAAUUUGAAAAUAUUA